AUGCCGGUCGGCAACGGCUCCUGGAGUGCUUCAACGAUAUCUGGAGCUCAGGCGACAUACCAUAGAGUUGGCGAGCAGCAGUGGCCAGCCUCCCUCGUCUCUGAUGCCUGCAAGGUGCUGGAGAGGGUUGCCCUGGUGCGAUUGGAGUGGAUUUCAGCGCAGCUGCAAUUCUUCCCAGAGCAAGAGUCGGGCUUUAGGCGCUACCGCUACACGGCGGACUCCAUCGCAGACGUCGUCCCCACUCUCGAGGAUGCGAAGAGCUGCGGGGACAUGUUCAUGCUCCUGCUGCUGGAUGCGGCGAGUGCUUUUGAUGACCUCCCACACACAGUCGUCGAGGCUGCCAUGGACGGACUCGGCAUCAACGGGUGCCUCCGCAGCUUUGUCACCGGAUUCCUGAAGGGAAGGACCUUCCAGGUCCGUGUUGGAAGGGAGCUGAGCGAACCCAGGGACAUCACAGCAGGUAUCCCACAAGGAUCAGUGCUCAGCCCUCUUCUCUUCAACAUGGAACUGGCAGGAUUGCCGGCCUCACUCCCAGCCGCCACCCGAUUCCCGACCCGCUGCUCCAUUUAUGCGGUCGAUGUGGCACUAUGGGUGCGGAGACCGAGGCGAUCGACUCCGGCCAUCAGGAGGUCGCUCCAGGAGGCCUUGGAUGCGGUGGUCUCGUACUUAGGAAGCAUUGGGCUCAGGGUCUCUGCCACCAAGACGGAGGCCCUCCUGAUUCACCGGUUGGCCUCGGCCCGUCUGCAGCUCAAGCAGCUGAAGGCUGGCGCCAAAGCACUACCAUGGAAACCGGUGGUCACGUACCUGGGGCUCACCAUCGACCACCGGCUUACCUGGAUUCGAGCUGCCAAGGCGGCCACGACGAAAGCGCGCCGAGUCCAGGGAGCAAUCAGCAAGCUACAGCAGCAUGGCUGCGGAUGCACCACGAAGUGGGCACUGCGGCUCAACCAGGCCGCAGCCCCAUCUGCUCUCCUUUACGCCCUUCCACUGGUGAACCUAUCUCCAGCCAGGAAAUGCCAACUGAAGGCAUUGCACAGGGGUGCCCGAACGCUGGGACAUUUGGACCUGCUGCACCGGACACCUGAUGGCAGGGCCCUCCUAGAACGGCUUCGCAGCCUACCAUCUUCAUGGAUAGGAGGACUCUGCCUUCUCUGUGAGCAGAUCAUCACACACCCACCAGUGGCGAUUGUCUCACCACCACCACACCACCGGCCAUCAGAGGUGCACCUCUCCCUCGGUGGGGCUACAAAACAUCGGACACCUGCGGCCGCUCUGCAGCAGGCAGCAUCCUGCAAACUCCAGGAACAACUGGAAGGCUGGCUGCAGGAAUUCACCGACGGAUCCGUGAUGCCGGAUGGGUCAGCAGCAGCGACGUGCGUCAUCAAUGCCAGAGCCAUCAGCAGGCAAUGCCGCCUCCCGUUCCCAAUGAGUUCGACCGCGGCGGAACUGGUGGGGCUUCGUCUGGCCGCAGCUCUCCUGGCGGGGGACCCACCUGCGCGACCGGUCGCUGUGCUAUGCGUCAGCAAACAGGCGCUACAGUCCCUCUCCAAUUGCCAUCGAGCCGGAAUGACGGGGACUCUCCUGGCCGCGAAGUUUUCGGCGCUCGCCUCCUCCGGAGUGUCCGUCUCCUUUCACUGGCUGCCCUCCCAUGUGGAUAUAGCUGGUAACGAGGAGGCAGACACCCUCGCCAAAGCUGCCCACCACGCAGGAGCCACACUCACUCGAGCAGUGGCGCCCUCAGACUAUUGGAGGCCACGACUGAAGAAGCUGCUACGGACAAUUCACCCAGGCCCGAGGGUGGCAAAAGGCAAGGGACCCAAGCUGCUCCCCGAGUCUGGCCUCACCAGGCGAGAUAGGGCCACCCUACUGCGACUCCGGACUGGCUGCACAUGGACAGCAGCUAGACGUCACGCCAUAGGCCGACGGGUCUCCCCCUCCUGCCGACGAUGCGGCGAUCCCGAGACCCUCGAACACCUCAUAUGCGCCUGA